AUGUGGAUGACUAGCUCCGCAUUUGUUUCCCGAGCUAACCUGGUGACGAAAUUUUCCGCGGGACCCCUAGCGUGUCAUCCAAACCGCCCACGAUUAUUCGACCCGGUACGUACGGGCACGGCCGUCGAACAUCCCUCGGGCUCUCCGAUUGAGCUGAACUGACGCCAGGUCACGCGGUACCUUUUCACAACCCACCCCCCAACGACAGCCUUAUCUCGCUCGAGGAUGAUCAGACGCUUCCCGUCCACACGCUCCGCAUGUGGACGAUCGGUCUCGGACUGACGUGCUGUACGUCGUUCGGGGACGUGGUUGGUCUCCUCUCCGCCGAGUCUGUGUGCUCACGGAGCUUGCAGCGCUGACGCCAACCAUUGGCAUCUCGAUGAACUCCUCCGCAUUGUGAUCGACCACAAAACCAAAAGUUGGCGCCAUCUUGGGCGAGAUUCUCACCUUCCGACCCCAGGUGUACGAAGUCUCAAGUCUGUUCCGUACGUGCUCGGUCUUCCCAGGCGGCUCCCGCAGCACUUCUCAAUUGAUCCCGUGACCCCCGGGUGGCGCACCUCCACGCAGUGCAGAUCAUCGCCUACAGUACGGGAACGAAGCUUCCAGGUUUUUCACAGGCGGUUGCUGGAAACACUGAUUGGGAAACCCCACCCUCCACUCCCCGUGGGGGUCUGGCCCCGUUCGAACAGUUAUCGGCACCGCGUGGCACCGGAUCCUCCCCAAGGCCGAUCGGGGUCGCAUCUGGGCCGUGCUGAACCCGGGGCCGUUCAACAUCAAGGAACACGUCUGCAUCACUGUCAUGGCGUCGACGGGGAGCAGUGGUGCUCUCGCCAUCUCCACCUUUGCCGUCGAAAAACUCUACUGUACGACUCGGUCAACUCGUUCCCGAGAGGCGUCGCAGCUGAGCGACCACGCCUUCGUCCUUUGGUAGACAAUAUCACCCCCAGCUACGGAAUCGCGAUCUCGACGCUCAUCGGUGAGUGAGCUACGGGUCACAUGCCUUUUGGCCCCGAGAUUGACCAAGGACCCCUCUUUCCCCACCCGUGCAGCGUCCCAGUUCUUUGGUUAUAGCCUCGGUGGUCUGUACCGCUCCAUCCUCGUCUACCCCACUUUUGCAGUUUGGCCCUCCCUCAUCCCGUCCGUGAGCCUGCUCGAAACGUUGCAGUGAGUACGCAUUCCUUUUUGAUUGUGUGGUUUUCAAGACGAUCGAACGAAGGUCACCCCGCCGCCGCGGGUCAAUUUUGCUGCAGUCGUGAAAAGGAUCUGCGCUCGCAGCGGCGCCGUUACAAGUUCUUUUGGAUCGUGAGCUCUCCCCGCGUUGCUUCCCGGUCGGUUCUCCGCCAAACCCUUCCUAACAGCCGUUCACUCUGCUUACUUUGUUAGGUAUUUGCGUGUAUCUUUGUCUGGGAGUGGUUCCCCGAGAUCAUCGCCCCGACGGUGACGGGGAUCAGCAUCUUUUGGUGCGCUUCAGCUAGGCGCAUUCUCGAUCCAUCAUGCUUUCGGAGCUGAACCCCUCGCAUUCAUCGCGGCAGUCUCGUCGACCGUACGAACCCCGACUUCACGCGCAUCUUUGGGGGCACCAACGCCAACGAAGGACUUGGCCUCUUUUCCAUCGGGUUCGACUGGCUACAAAUCACCUCGGGUGCGCCUGCGCUCUGUUUGGAAGUGCCGUGCCGCCCGCUCGAGUAGCAAUAACUGAAGCCGUGCUUUUCCUUCUCUUCACAGCCACACUGUACCUCCCCUGGGCAACGAUGGUCUCGCAGGGAAUUGGGGUCGUGCUCUGUUUCACCAUCGUCGUGUGGGGCUAGUGAGUCUCGGCGCUGCAUGCUGCGCAAUUCCAACGCGCCAGCAAGUGUCGCUGAGAAAUUCGCCCAAUACGCCACUACCUUACAGCUUUACCAACGUCUGGAACGCCAAAAAUUUUCCUUUCAUGGGUCAGAGUCUUUUUCACGAGGUCAGAGACAUACUUAGCUCGGACGCUCCUCCCCGACCCAGCCGGAGCUCAUGCCGAAACUUCUGCCCUGCACCUAUCCUUCUUCCAGAAUGGGAGCAUCUACAACGCCAGUUUAAUCCUCGAUUCAAAAUUCGAUCUCAACAAAACCGCGCUAGCGGAGCAGGGUAGGUGGUGACCGCUCGAAGUGAAAUCUCGAGCUCGCAACCGCAAGAACAGCUGAUCCGGCGCCGAGUCGACCCCAACAGGUCUUCCCUCUUACGCUUGGAGCAACGCAGGCAAGUCUCCCUGACGAUGCACGACAGUCGAAUCAACGUUGACCUAGUAUUAUUUGCAGUGCUAUACUUUGGGCUCAACCUCAGUAUCGGUGCAUCCUUUAUGCACGUCUUUGUGUAAGUUGCACAGCGAACUAGCAGAGUCAAUUGAUCAACGCUGACUGCGAUGACGAACCUCAGAUGGUACCGCAAGGACCUCGUCGAGGCGUGGCGCCAAUGGCGCUGCAAGAUUCAUGACGACCCGCACUACAUGAAGAUGCAAGCAUGUAAGCAAGCUCUUCCUGAUAGACCUGUCGAAGCCGUCCUCGAGCUGACGAAGAACCCGUCACGAUCCACCAGAUCCGGAGUGUCCGAUGUGGGUCUACCUCGCCACCGCCAUAGGAGCAUUCGCGGUGGCUCUCGUGACGCUCUACGCUGGUCACUCGGGUAUGCCUUGGUAUGCACUGCUCAUUGGUGUUCUAUUUGCGCUCGUCGAGCUGCCCGGUGAGUCUGCUCGCAGUCAUCGGAUUUGGGAACCCCUGACUCAGGUUGGGCUUCGCGAGGGGCAGUAUUGUCCAUCAUGACCGCCGUCACCGGGUUUCACAGCUCGGGAUCGACCCUGUGCCAAAUGUGAGGGAAAUGAAUCUGUACUUUGCUUGACGGAGCCGUAUUUGAUCUUUGAACUCGCAUGCCAAAAUUUGGUCGUUCGAUAGGCUCGGAGGUGCGCUUGUGCCAGGCAACGCUCGUGCGAGUCUAUAUUUCGGAGUGAGCGGGAUCAAUCAACUGAGUCAGUCGAGGAGCGAUCUCUGAAAUUUUGUUCUAUUAUCGUAGCUCUACAGCAGCAACAGCGUGGCGCAGGGAUCUCUGAUGGUCAAGGAUCUUAAAGUGAGCUACUCUCCGACUGGUCACGAGACUAGUGGCGACUGACUGGACAGCUUCUGUCGCAAUCGCUUUCGCAGCUCGGCCAGGUGAGCCUACCGAGCGUUUUCAUAGCUGUGCCAACCUGUUUAUGAAAGUAUUCGGGCAUUAUCGUGUUGGAAUUACUCGCAGUAUACCAAGGUAAGCACGUGCUGCUCAUCUCAGCUGCGAUUUCUUCCUUGCGACGCUGAAGCAAUCAGCACGUUCCGGUUUUGCCGAUACAGGUGCCACCACGUGCAUUGUUUGUGAGUGAGCUCAUACACCUCGGAGGAGCUUACCUUGAGCCAAAGGUGAUCCAAAUAUUGGCUUUCCCGGUGGUCGCAGGCGGUUCAAACCGUCGGUACUCUUCUCGGAUCGGUCCUCAAUCUCGUCGUCGUCAGUCUCGCUUCCUCGUCGAGUUGCUCGCUUUCACCGGCUGAGCUAAGAAAGACGAUUUCACGCCGCAGAUGAACUCGAUCGUCAGCUCGCAGCGUCAAGUCUUGCUCAACGUCGAAGGAACCAAUUUAUGGUCUGGUAAUGUGGUGCAGUCUUACAACACUCAGGUACUUCCGCUUCAGCAAUAGGUCACCCCGAAAGAGCGAGAUGCUGAUUUUCCCGCGUCGAGGCUUUUUUCGUUUCCUUGCUCAGGCUAUCGCGUGAGUCUUUGCUUGUUUCCGCUAGCUUGUUGAUCUCAAACUAAAGAAUGCUUUGAAAACAGGUGGGGAGCUCUAGGCAAAGAGAUGGUCAUUUGAACCUUGGAACAUAUCAGCGCCGCUAGUUGGGCAUGAGCUGACCUUCGACUCCUGGCACCCACCUCGUCGCAGUAUGGUCCCCGUAAGUAAUCUUCGGCUCCACGAUUGACCCCAAGAAUUGAUCUUGAAACAUUUUUGCGCCUUGCUUUUAGACAACAAAUACUUCAUCAUACCCCUCGGAAUUCGUAAGUAGCGUUGAAUUUUCGGAUCGCGCUCCUUGUACUGCCACAUCCCACCCCACCCGUAGUCCUAGGCCUGCUCGUCCCCCUCCCAUUCUACAUCGGUCACCACUUCUGGCCCAGUUUCCGCCUCAAUCAAAUCGUUACACCCGAGAUGUGCAGAUGCCUAGGCUAUCUCUCGGUACGUCCCCAUUCCCAAGGGACCACUCUCUACCCCCCCGUACUAAGACGUGGUUUUCUUUCUCGGUCCAACUUCAAAGGUCGGUAUCAAUUCCAGCGUUUUCGUCUCGUUCCUCCUCGCGAUCUACGCGCAGUUCUACCUCCGACGAAAACGCUCGACUUUCUUCCGCAAGUACAAUUACUUGAUGGCCGCCGCUCUGGAUGUGAGUAAAUCCCAUUAGUGAUCAGUGUGAACCGUUUCAAGUUGCGGCGUUCGAUUGAAAGUUCUUCCUCCCUUUGGUCAUGGCGAUAGGGUGGAACGGAUUUCAUGAUUUUCCUCUCGACCUUCACCAUAAACGGCGGCGCAGGAAAGCAGUACACGUUCCCAAAUUGGGCGAUGAAUCCAAAAGGCCACUACGAUUGUAAGUGA